AUGCGCUUCGUGUUUCCUCUAGAUGCAGUGCGGAGUGAAUGUUUCUUAUUAUUCGCGUGACGCUGUAAACAAUACGCUCGCUGUUCGGCCACAAUAGCGGAUAAAUUAGGAAACCUUUUCCGUGUGCCUUUGUGGGCGUCGUGUCGGAUAAAGGUGCUAUAAAAAGUCGCUUUCAUCGAGUCCUUUCAAUGGGACGAUCGUCUGCCAACAAAGGACGCGUCUGUCGUCUGCUCGCUUGGUUUCCUUUCUGGAGCACGGACGGCAACUUGACACCUCCUCCAAAACCACCCUUCGGAGUUCGCUCCUCAGCUGCAGUCGGAAGUCGGGGAAGUCAUGGGAUUCAAUCAUUUGAGUGCAUUCCUGGCGUUGUGUACCCGAGUUUGCAGAUGACAUUGAAACUGAGUAGGCUGGGAGACUUGGCGGACUUCGUACUGUGUCAUCCGGUGUAUUACGCAUUGUAAGAGGUGUCACGAAGAGACCAGCCAGAAAGAAACACGCAUGGGUGAAAAACGAGGCCUCAAGGCGCUAGAGCUGUGGUGCCGGCGCAUCACGGAUGGAUAUCACGAUGUCGCAGUGAGAGAUAUGAGCAGCUCUUGGCGAGAUGGCCUCGCCUUCUGCGCCCUCAUUCACCACUUUCGACCGGACCUCAUUGACUUCGACACCCUUCGCAAGGGCGACAUACUCCGCAACAACCGCCUGGCCUUCACCGUGGCCGAGACACAGCUUGGGAUCCCCGCACUGCUGGAUGCCGAAGACAUGCUGGCCUAUCAGGAACCUGAUCGCCUCAGCGUGGCCACAUAUGUCUCCCAGUUCUACCAAUACUUUGAAGGCAGUUUAGGCGCCCGCCGAAAAGCAGCGGCGAACCCUAUGAAACGGACCGCGGCGGCUUCAUCACCAGCACCACUAAAUAUUGGUCCCCCCACGAAGGUAUUCGGAGUAGGCGAUUCAUGCCACGUCUGCAAGCAACGUGUCUUCCUCCUCGAACGACUUAUGGUGGACAGCAGGCUCUAUCACCGCACCUGCUUCCGCUGCGCUCGUUGCAGGGCACUUCUCAACCCUGGCGCCUACAAUGAAUGUGACAAUGCUCCUAGUACUUAUGAGUGCACGGUCUGUCCCAGAGACGAAACGACGACUGCUUCUCCUAAAGCGACACGGCAGGUCACAAAACCCCCCUCGCCUAUCUCCCUCCCCAAGCCGCAGAUCCCAGAGAAGAAGUUGGAGCUUGCUGAGAGCUUUCGUGCUGCUCGGAAACUAUUUGAGAACAGCAUGGUGGAUGGGUCCCCUCAGGAAUCCCCAAAGCCACUGCGGAAAAGUGAGUCAGCGUCCAGUUUGUCGUCGAAGCUGCCGCUGUCAUCCACGCCUCGGAUGGAGCACGUCGCAUCUCGUACUCAGACCAUUGUGAGUCCAGCUGUCGAGAAAGUUUUGAAUAAUUUGGAGGCGAGCCACACGUUGGACACGGGCCAAACUCAGGAUCCUUCUUCUGCGGCGCAAACAACAUUGCGCAGCAUUCCUGCAACGUCGUUAGACAACUCUCCUGGUUCAAAAUCUGCAAAGCGGUUGUCACUAACAGACAAUGAGACUUCACCUCUAGAAGAAACCUGUUUCCACAAAACAGAAAAUUCAGAUGGUGACGCCAGUCUGCCAAAGUCUUCCAGUUUGGCAUCUGAGCUUUCAAAGAUAGUGGAGUCCGCAAGUGCUUCAAAAUCCGAGGAUGUCGCAAAGUGGAAUUCGAUUAAGGAACCAGAACUUCCCGCUUUCCUGCGUCAGCGCGAUGGGCCAAGAAAGUCUACUGUGCAAGAAAACAUCAAACGCUUUUCCCUCGAUACACCUAGUGCUAGAAAGGAUAGUCCUCCCUCAACGUUCAGAGGGUCCGCUGGUACCCUCUCUGUCAGCACUCCCACAAAGGAUCCGCAGCCAAAGUCGCAAGUGUUGAAAGAAUGUGACAAAACCGAUUCAGUGUCAGAGAGCAAAGGCAAUCAUGUAACUGAUGGAAAGGAAGAUUAUUCCACAGAGAUCAUUCCUCCGUCGAGGAAACUUUCUUUAGAUCUACCCGUCAUCCGUCCAGCAGAAACACCAGUCAGCAUACUACCAAAACCUGCUCCGAGGACAAGACCAUCGAAGGCGAGCCCAUCUGUGGAGACGUCUACUGUGGACGUGAAAGACAUCCAAAACUCAUUUAGUGCCAGUGACAGUAUGAUCAUUCCAGGGACUCCAGAAGAAGAAGAAGAUGAAGAGGGUGUGCCGCCUCCUUUUCCAGCUUCUUUGCCACCUGAAGCGGUGUUGGACUUUAAGGAUGAUGCACCUGUCCCAGCUGCAAGAUCAUUUGCUGGCGAGGUGUCUAACAUCGAGACAGAAGGUAAACCAGUCUCAGCUGACGAAAGUAGAGAGAAUGAGCAACAGUCCAAACAUGCUUACCCUACAAGCUUAAACCCAUUCGGUGACUCGGAUGAAAACGAAGAGAGUGAAAAGGAAAGCUAUCCCGAAUCGUUGAAUCCGUUUGGAUCUGACGAUGAAAGUGAGGUGGUGGCUGCAACGCCUCUCCCGAAAAUUACGGACUAUGACAACUCUCUCAACCCAUUUUCCGAGGACGACGACGAAGCUGUGUCUCCAGUGCGGAUGGGAUCUUCGCGGAAGAAAGCUCCGCCUCCACCGCGUCCCUUGCACAGCAGUGGAACGUCGACUCCGGUCAGUUUACGGUCAGUGGAUAGCUCCCCGGCUCUACAGCGGAGCCCAAUGGGUCACCGACCUUCGCCGAAGCCGAGGAAGAAGCCCGCCCCGCUUCCUCCAAGCUUGACGACGACUCCAGAUCCAAAGUCUGAGUCUAGUCCAACUCCUGCAGCGGAUUUGAGCAUGGGUGUGGAGUCUCUGAAGUCCGAGAAGAAUGAGAGAAAUGCGUCGAUCCAGAUGCAGGCAGAGUUAAGUGAAUCGGAGAGAGAGCCCAGCCCACAGAAGAAUACCUUUGGCUACUGGAAGCGUAAAAAGAGACCAGCGCCAUCUGUACCCGUACCUGUACGACGUGAGAUCAAACGUAUCCCCAUGAAAGAGAUUCAUCAGGAGAUGGAAGAAAUUGUGGAGAAACAAGAGGAGUUGGAGCAACAGGGUCGUGAGAUUGAAAUGCAGAUUCGUGACAAGAAUGGCAAGUACAAGGUGGCAACACUGGGAUCUACAGCAUUGGAACCGUCACUCGAGGAAGAAGAAUUGAUUAUGCAGCUGUUUGAACUGGUCAACGAGAAGAACAAUCUGUUUCGACGCCAAGCUGAGCUUAUGUACAUCAAGCGGUCCCAACGCCUGGAAGAGGAACAGGUGGAGCUGGAGUAUCAAAUUCGUUGCAUCAUGACCAAGCCAGGGAGCCAAAAGACAGAAGAGGAUACCAUAAAAGAAGAAGAGCUGCUCCAACGGCUCCUGGAAGUGGUAGAGCAGCGCAACGAAAUUGUUGAAUCCCAGGAAAUGGACCGCAGAAGAGUUGCUCAGGAAGAUUGGAGUAUUCAAGAACAGAUGGCGCAAAAACAGAGUGAAAUGAAAGAGAAGAUGAGUCCUGCCUCGACCACGGGGAAGAAAAAAGAGAAGAAGAAAAAACACAAGAAGGGAGACAAGAAGGAGGACGGUAAAGAGUCUGAAGAGGAAAAGCGCAAGUCAUUGCGGAAAAUAAUCAAACAAAAACUUGUGCCAACAAAAUGAAUUUUACGUAACAAUAGCUUCUUCACGGGACAUCCUCGUCCUCUAUGUCCCAGCUGUUAAAAAGCAGCAGAGACAGAAAGAGUUGGGGAAACUGUAUUGUAAAGAUUAUCUUCCAUAAUUAUAGUAUGUAUAACAAAAGUAGAUGCAUAAGAGAUGUAUCAACUAUGCAAUGUGUCUUUUGACAGUCAGAUCAGUUGUGUUGUUAUUUAUUUGCUUCAUUUAUUGUGGUGCAUAUUAUGUAAGAGCCCCGUUGCAGCUGCAAGCUUAGCCUCAUGGCGAUCGCCCCAGAUAAUAAUUAGCAGGCAAAACAGGAUAUAUUAAAGUCAUGGUACAGAUUGCAUACCUCUAUGUAAAUUCUGGAAAACAUACACGCUUUCUUUGGAAUAUUUUAGUGAGUAUCGAGUAUUACUGCAACCUGAAAUGACCUUUCUGUAGUGGUGUUCGUCCACAGAAAAAUGUUUACAUAUAUGUGAUGUGACCGGGUGUCGUGCAGUGAACAUCGUGUACUUAAGGUAAGGCAACUGUACGAGAAAUAUUUGUGGAGCAUUUCGUCAACUGUGACAAUGCCAUUCCAACACCACUGCUGUAUUGCUGGCAACUUUCAAGUUCUUCGCUUGGCCUUUAACUAUACUAUUUGUGACACAAAACGGCGCACCUGUGUAAAGGAGAGAGUUGCUCGCUAAAUGCUGUAUUUAGUCGCAUAAUUAACACGCUUGCAUAAUGGACACACAUCUAGUUCGGGCGCUGAAAUAUUGGUACUUUUCCCCCUUGCGUUUCACGCACCCUGACAUCAGCGGCACUGCCGACGGAACUGCACAGCGAUAACCACUGUAGCGUUAAAUGCAAGCGUACGAUUAGUGCGCCCCCUCUGUGUCGCUAAAACACCACGUUAAUUGUGCGAGUAAAUAUGGGAGUUUCACAUCUGAACUGCCUGUCAGGUGUGGACUCGUUCUGGCCAUUGUUUUGUGAAGUUUCAUACACCAUAGAAACAGUUGCAGUAAAGCUUUCUUUUGCAUUGGUCUAAAUUCAUGACUCUAAUUGCCCUAAUACUCGUGUUAGUCUUCUGGGCAUGUAGUCUCGAUAGACCCUUGUAGUUUGGAGGGGAGGGGGGGCAAAAAUUAUUCCGGAGAUGUAACAUACCGUAAAAUCUGACAAUAUUCAAUGGAAAAGCAGACUCUCAGAUAGCGAGAAAAAAAAAAAAAAACAGAGAGAGAGUGCCUCUUGCAUUUAGGAUGAAAACGAGAUGCUAAGCGACUGAAUUCGCGCCUACAUUGGUGACAAACUGUCCAUUUUGGCAAGUUUGCUAUUGUUUUUUUUUUUUUCUUUUUGUGAAAAGGAGGUGGGGGGCCCUACCCUAUGUGACGAUGCAUAUCAGGGGGUAAAAAUGGUGUUUACCGGGUUGAACCCUAAAACGGAAGCCCCUAAGUCUCAAACAUGUACGGGUAUGUUUUAAUGAGCCUAUCCUGCAAAUCUGAAAAAUGUGCACUAUACAAUACUAGCAGUGUUGUGCCUUCAAAUUAUAGAGACAGUUGAACUGUAGAAGGUCAUUGAAGCGCCUUACCGACAGCUUUGCCAGAAAUGCCAUAAUGAUGGUGAAAAAUGCAUUUGAAGAAACGAAGCUUUACUGGGAUGUUUCCAUACCUAUGCAGAAGUUGAUGUGUGUCUAAUUCCUGAGUAGCAAUUUUAUCUGUUUUAUUCAUGAUGGAGCCUUAGUAUGGGAUUUACCCAAAAUUGUAGAACACUGUAUGGAAUUUCCUGCGCAUUACGCACAAUGGGCCAUUACAUUUGCAUAUCUUAAUUGGUUUCUUUCAGCACUGUCUGUUGUUAUGUCCGAUGAACAGAAACAUAUGUUGACUUUUAUGUGGGGCUGUGAGGUGCUAUAGCUAUUCGUGUUUUAUAAUACUUCAGGGGACGAGGCAGUUUCGGUAGAGAGAUCGAAGCUGAGUGAACCAAGACAAGAAGUGCUGCUAUCGUGCCCAUAUAUUCAGGAUUCGACAAACUUUAAUUUGUUAAAAAAAUCACACACUCCAAUCCUUAAAAAAUGUCAUAGAGAAAAACAAAUGGAACACACCAGUACCAGGCCUGGAAAGAUAUUCUGCGUGGUUUUAGGUGCACAAAUGAAAAUUUCCCAUGGCCCCCUGAGGAUGUGAGUGGGCCGUAAGGCUUCCAGCUCGAAUUAAACACUCUAAACACUCUGCUGCAUAGGAUCUGCCCACCCAGGCAUGCAAAUGCUGAAUACCUUUGGAGAAGCAGCUCCAUUUUGUGAAAAGAAAGCUUUCAGUACAUUGGCUACAUUCGUUACACAAGACGCAAAAAGCCCUGCACAGUAACAUGCCCAUCAAUUCAUCACUUGUUACUUCUUGCUCCCCUUAUCUUUUCCAUUUAUAUUUCCUAUUUUAUUUUUUAUCUAUCUAUUUUAUUAUCUACUCUAUUUAUUUCAUCAUUCCAGGUUUCAUUUCAAGGUGUCAAAUUGCCCGAUGUUGUGACUGACAUGUACAUUGUGGGGCAAAAUUGCAAACAGUGUUACUCAUUAUUGCUUGCCUUAUUGCAAUGAUAAAGAAAUGUGCUGCAGAAUUGUGCUGGUCAGUAAGCGCGAAAUCAAAAGAACACAAUGAAUCGGGGAGGUUUAUUUAAGAGGUUAAGAUACUCCAGUGAUCCCCCAUCUCUGGUGUCUGAUAGAGCUGUGAUAACAACAUAGGCUUAUAUUGAGUAUUGAGACUUUGUAUAACUAUGGAAGUGCCACUAAUAUUAUUUUAUGAAAACGUAUAUGACGUCUGCAAUCAGAGAUGGAAUGUGUCUUGAUACAUACGGGCAAGCUGCUGGGGAGGAUUUUAUACGGUGGUCUUUGUUGUCACGUCUAUGACAAUAAACUGCUCUUUUUAGCAAA